AUGUCGCACCCACUCGAUCCACAUCCCACCACUAGCCGAGAUUCCAUCACCUCUAGUCCUGCACCCACGACCACUGACGAUGAGGAGUACGACGACUUCACUACUAAGUCACCCAAGUUUGUGCCCGGGAGACCGCUGUCGUCGCCCACUCCAGACAGCGUUAUCCGUUCAGCAAGUCCGUUCGGCAGACGAUACCUGAAGCCUAUCAAUGGCAUUCAAACCAAAGGCUUUGCACGCUCUGCCAAACGACGAUCUUCCGUACUUACACUCGGCUCAAUUGAACGACUCCAAAACUUUUAUGCAAACAAGGAUCUGAAAGUCAACAAAGUAGGAAUGCUUGGAUUCAAACGAGAAGAUCUAGUAGAAGAGCCGGACGAUUUGGAUCAGCUACCAACACCUCAAGCACCGCCACCAAGCUGGAUGGAUUUGGACGUUGAAACCGAUUUAGACAUACUUUUAUCACAAUGUUUCGACGAUAUCCAGCAAACACUGACUCAGUGGGCUAUGGUGACCGGGCCUCGUGAGCACUCGAGCUUCAGCAGCAGAGGAAGUCAUACGAGCAGCGAAAGCGACGAGGGAUUCCAAAUCCUUCCUUUACUCGACUCGGUGACAAAGAUGAUCAACUCGGUCAAAAGCUACAUGCAUCACCGCCAUGACUUGUCGGACGUGGCCUCGCAGAAAGUCCGCCAUGCAGCACUUCAAUUACUCGAGUCGAUAAAGUCGUUGGAAACCCGGUUCCGAAAGGACCAGGAGGCUGCGGACGAUGGCGAAUUCACUUAUCAUACUUCGGAAUUCGGCAUGUUGGAGAAGGAGCGAAAGGCCAUCCACACUUACCUCUCCACUGUCGAAAUAUAUGCGUUCAACCCGCCACAUCAUAUCGGCAGCCCGCCUGCUGCAUUCUCUCCCGAAAUCAGGGCCCUCAUGGCCAAAACAUAUGUGGAGGACUCUGAAGCCCCGGAUUCGCCGCAGCUGUCUGCGCAGCUACAGCAAGAACAACAGCUUGGCAUCUCGAAAUUACCGGACUGGCUGCAACGGGGAACGUUUCAGGAUGAUGAUAUAGGUAAGAGAAAGAUAGGAGCUGAUGAUUAA